AUGGAAGAAAUUACAAAAAUUCUUAAAGAAAUACAAAUAGAUCUCCAAUGUCAAAAAGAAGAGAUGAAAGAAAUGCAAUCGAACAUAACCAAUAUUAUAAAUUCAAAUAUAAAUGAAAAGUUUAAAGAAAUCGAAUCCAAGCACAGUAUUUUAUCUCAAAAAUUAGAAGAACAACAAGGGAAGAUCGAGUACUUAGAAAGGCAAAGCAGAAAGAAAAACUUAGUAUUUUUUGGCAUUGCAGAGGAUGAAGAGAACUAUUUCCAGCUUCAAGCAAAAAUAAUUAAGUUUCUUACCGAAAAUAUGAAAAUGUCUUGUAACAUAUCAGACAUAGAGUAUAUAAGACGCAUAGGUAAGAAACAAGUCACACCUAGACCUAUAAUUGUAACUUUUCUUACAAUGGGAAAAAAACUGGAAACCAUAAGAAACAGAAAAUAUUUAAAGGGGAGUACAUACAACAUAAAUGAAGACUUCCCGAGACAUGUCCUAGAAAAAAGAAAAAGUCUACAAGCAGAAUUACGAAAACAGCGAGAACAAGGCAAAUUUGCUGUGCUAAAGUACGACAAAAUUGUAAUUCUCAAUAAACGAACACAGCAAAAUGAACAUUCUGAACAUUCUAAAAAGAGAGCUCUAUCUUCAUCCCCCGUAAUAAAUAAAACCCAAAAACCUUCGACGAAUACUCAACAGGCCAAAAAGAACAAAAACAGUAUCACUGGCUUUUUCACUGCACGACAUGAGAGAGAAUCUCUUGAACCCAUUGCCCUUACGAGUCAAGGACCUGAAUCUUCAAGAAAUAAAUAG